AUGCCAGCUGCAGCUGCAAGGUCGUCUGCGCGUGCUGUGCCGAUUGGCAAGUCCCCAGCCAAGCGCAAAGCGAGUCAACUUGGAGCAGACGACGGCGAUCUUGACAAAAGCCCAAGGACUCCAACAGCCAAGCGUGUGUCGCGCAAAGUAGUGGAAGCAGUCAAGGCUACCGUUGUGACUAACGGCAAGGGCCACAGUUCGGCAUCGGAGAGCUCUCUAUCGGACUUGUCCGAAAGUGAAGACGGGGAAGUAGUCGCGAAACCGAAAAGGGGCAAGGGCAAGCCGGCCCCAACAGCGAGGGCGAAGAAGCCAAAAGCGUCUCCUGGCAAGCGAGCUGCGAAGUCCGAGCCUACUGGUGACACACACGAUCUUGACACCAGACUCGAGGGUGACCCGCCAGUUGACGGCCCGGCAGAAACUCCGAAGCGGAAGCGGAAGACUGCUGCUGAGAAGGAGGCCGAGGCCAUGCCUUUGGCACCUCGCACGACAGGCCUCCGUAUGUUUGUCGGCGCCCACACGUCGAUUGCCAAGGGUGUCGAAAAUGCCAUCAGCAACGCCGUCCACAUCGGAGGCAACAGCUUCGCAUGUUUCUUGAAGUCACAACGAAAGUGGGACAAUCCAUCAUUACAAGACACGAACAAGGAAGCAUUUCGCACCGGCCUCAUCACUCACAAGUACGACGGCUCCGCCCACAUCGUCCCUCACGGCAGCUACCUCGUCAAUCUAGCCACCGAGGACGAGGAGCAUCUGGAGAAGUCCUACUCAACCUUCCUAGACGACCUCCACCGAUGUGAAGCGCUCGGCAUCAAGCAUUACAACUUCCACCCAGGCGCGGCGGGCAAAGCAAGCAUGGACUCCGCCAUCGCCCGAAUAGCAGCAAACCUGAACCGCGCGCUAUCCGCCACAAGCACAGUCGUCCCACUUCUGGAAAACAUGGCAUCGAGGGGCAGCGUAGUAGGCGGCCGCUUCUCUGACCUAGCCGGCAUCAUCGCUUUGAUCGAGCCCCAACACCAACAUCGCAUAGGCGUCUGCAUCGACACCUGCCACGCCUUUGCCUCAGGCUACGACUUGCGAUCACCAACUGCCUUCAACGCCACGCUAGCUGAGUUCGAUGACACAGUCGGCAUGAAGUAUCUCAAAGCUCUGCACCUCAACGACUCGAAAGCUCCGAUGGGCUCAGGCCGCGAUCUGCACCAGAACAUUGGCCUCGGCUUCCUCGGUUUACGGGCGUUUCAUAAUGUUAUGAACGAGCCGCGAUUGGAGAAUCUGCCGCUGAUUCUCGAGACGCCUUGCGAAAAGCCGGAUCCGAAGGAUCCAAAGGGCAAGAAGACACUGGAGGACAAAGGCGUGUGGGCUACUGAGAUCAAGUUGCUGGAGAGUCUGAUCGGGAUGGACCCUGAGGGAACGAAGUUCAAAAAGCUUGAGAAGGAGCUUUCGGAUCGUGGAAAAGCGGAAAGAGCGACUUAUCAGAAGGCGUGGGAUGAUAAGCAAGCCAAGGAGAAGAAAAAGGUGGAGAAGGAGCGGGAGAAAGGGCAGAAGAGUGUGAAGGAUAUGUUUGGUGGAGGUACUACAGCGACAAAGAAGGCCAAAGGUAUGGUACAGAAAAGAUCAUCAUCGACAACGAAGGACUCCGAUAGCAGUGGCGAUCUGAGCGAGCUAGAAGACGAAGAGGACGACUGA